AUGAUCACAGCAGACGAAACAACUCCCAUAACAGAUUCUUCAGCAAAUGUACCUUUCUUUAAAAAGAAAUCCAAAACAUCAAACAAUAGAAAUAUUCGAAAACGCAAAAAAUCUGAUACCGAUGUAUCUAGUGAAGAUAAUAAUACUUCAGCAGUAAUAACAAAAGAGCGAAAAUUAGAUAAUUUAAAUCCAUUUGUGCAAGCUUCAAAAAAAGGAAGGCGUGUUAAUAAAGAGGAAAUUAGUGAUGUAUAUGCAGCGAAUAAAUCCGCUAUUACUUCUGUUCCUGAAGAUAUUGCUACUAGAUCUGCCGAAUGGGACACCGAAACUGAUAGAGAUGCUCAAGCAUUAUUAGAAAAGAAAUUGGCUGCUGAAGAGGCUCUCGAUGAUAACCUCUAUAAAGGAGCGAAUGCGUACAAAUCCUAUAUCAAGAAACGUGACACAGCCGCAGGAAGCGCCGUAAGUUCGAAAAUAAAAGCUGGGCCAAUUCGGGCACCAUCAAAUAUUCGUGUGACUUCACGAAUGGAUUAUCAACCCGACAUAUGUAAAGAUUAUAAAGAGACGGGAUAUUGCGGAUAUGGUGAUUCAUGUAAAUUCUUACACGAUAGAGGAGAUUAUAAGAGUGGAUGGCAGUUAGAAAGAGAAUGGGAAGAAAUGCAAGGAAAAUUGAAAAAAGACCCUAAUGCAUUUCUUGUGGAGAGUAGUGAUGAAGAGAGUGAUGAAGAAUUACCAUUUGCUUGUUAUAUUUGUCGACAAGAAUUCAAGAAUCCUGUUGUUACAAAAUGUGGACAUUAUUUCUGUGAACGAUGUGCUUUACAGAAUUUUACUAAAAGUCCAAAAUGUUAUUCUUGUGGAGCUCCAACAAAUGGUAUAUUUAAUACCGCAAAGAAUUUAAUGCAAAAAAUUGAAGAGAAAAAGAAAAGAAUGGCAGAAAAAGGAGAGAAAAAUAAAGACGAUGAGGGAAGUGACGAUGACGAUAAAUAA